CCAGCCCAGUCAGUUGACAGACACGCAAGUGGAAUGACUUGGAUCGGUUUGCUCAUCGUUGGCCUCACAGCAAUCACUGUCCAGGGGGAAGUACCGAUCGUGACGAGGGCCGAGUGGAAUGCCAAACCGCCGAACGGAACCAUAGACAGCAUGGAAACUCCCUUGCCUCGGGCUGUGAUCGCCCAUACAGCUGGAGUAGCUUGUGCGGAUGAUGUCACAUGCUCCCAGCACAUGCGAAAUCUGCAGAACUUCCAGAUGUCCAAGCAAAAGUUCUCGGACAUAGGCUACCACUAUCUGAUCGGCGGUAAUGGCAAGGUAUACGAAGGCAGAAGUCCCAGCCAGAGAGGAGCCUUUGCCGGUCCCAAUAACGAUGGUUCCCUGGGCAUCGCGUUUAUUGGUAACUUCGAGAGACGGGCGCCCAACAAAGAGGCCUUGGAUGCCGCCAAGGAGCUGCUGGAGCAAGCUGUCAAACAGGCUCAGCUGGUGGAGGGCUAUAAGCUACUGGGCCAUCGCCAAGUCAGUGCUACCAUGAGUCCUGGAGAAGCACUCUACGCUCUGAUACAGCAGUGGCCCAACUGGUCGGAAGAUAUGUGAAAUAUAGAGUGCAUUGCAUAAGGUUUCGACACGUAAAGACCACUCCUUACACAUUUAUUUGUAAAUAUAAUUAUGUAUAAUUUGUUUUUUUGCUUAAAUACGAAUACUAAAAUUUUAA